AUGGAAGACAACACUCCUCCCGAACCACGUGAAGAUCGUGGUCCUCGCAUCCCUCCUGGAAAGCUCGCUACCAUCAAGGCCGAACCUACCAUCUCCAUCUUCUACAAGCCCGCCAAGACUGCACCAUUGCAACUCCUCGACGGCAAAUUUCCUCAAGAUGCGGCCAUCGUAUUCUGCGACCGUAUCCGACGCGAACUCAUGGACAACAGUGGCGCCAAAUCCUUCACCGUGACCGGAGGUGAUUUGACUGGCUUGACCGAAGUUUUAGCAUGGAUCAAGCAGUGUGUCUCGGAGGGAAGCAUCGUCAAGUACAAAGAUCUCGGCGACGACGCACCCAACCUCUUCACCACUUAUGCCAACGUCAUCAUCUCCGCAACCUACUUGGCCAUUCCUGCGCGCGACCUUGUCGAGGGCUUGACGAAGCGUAUGCAUGGGAUUGCACGCAAGGUCCUCAUGAGCUGGGAGGAAGUUGAGUGGUUCUACAAGUCGCCAAGCUUGAAGGCGAGUGGUGACUCGGUCCGCGAAGUCGCUGCGGCCAGCAUUUUCUGGGCAUGGUGGACGCGAAAGCUUGACGAUGAUGAGACUCCUGACGACAUGAUGUUUCUCGACGUAUUGAGGCAGGAAAUCCCAAAGCUCGAUCAGGACUUACAUGCAUGGUGUGAGCGAAACGAGCAGGAAAUUCGCAAGAAAUGGGAAUUGAAGAAGAACGGUAGAGCGGCAGAAAACGCAGCGGCCGACGGCAUUGAAAACGAUGAAUUCGCUUCUGGCGGUGGAGGUGGUGGCUGGGAUGAUGAUGCUUCGACUACGGCUGCUGGAGGUGGAAAUUGGGACGCUGGUGACGCAUUUGCGGCUCAACAGACUUCAAGUACAGGUGCAGAUCAGGCCACUCGCGGCUGGGACGCAAAUCUUGAGGGUUCCUCUGGCUUUGACUCUGGCGUCGACGUUGGUGCAGGUACAGCAUCUCCAGCCCUCCCUGUGGACAAGAGCACAGUGUUUGAUCAUCCGGACAACGAAGGCCACGCUGCGGGCUCCAACGAGGGACGAGGCGCUGCGGCAGCUGGCGGUUCUAGCGACGACAUGGGCGAAGAUGGCGGUGACUGGGCGGAUGAAGUCAAUCAGCACGAUACGCUCAACAAGCAGCCAUGGUAG